CGACGACAUUAUAGCCCUCAUCCGGGCUUAAAGUGACCAGGAUGCUCAUAUGCAGGGGAUGGGUCACGCGUAUGCUCGGAUGAAGCCGAGAGAAUGGAAGUGGCUCGAUGUGGCGCAGAGGUUGAAGAAGGUGGGCGUCGACAGAGACGCAGAUCAGUGCGGGAAGAAAUGGGACAAUUUGAUGCAGCAGUUCAAGAAGGUGCAUCGCUUCCAAGACUUGUCCGGGAAACAGGACUUCUUCCAAUUGUCUGGGAAGGAGAGGACGUCGAAGGGCUUCAAUUUCAACAUGGAUCGUGCAGUUUACGAUGAGAUACUAGGGUCGACCGCCAAAAACCACACCAUCAACCCCAAGAACGUUGUCGACAUUGGUGCUCCGGGUGGUGUGCGCCUCCCGUCCGCCUCUUUUGGGGAUCCUGAAUCUGUGGGCGACAGGGACAGUGGUGCAGGGAAGGACGAAGACUAUGACGGAUCGACGAAAGGUUCUUCUCAAACGACGGGUGGCCCAGGCAGUUUCGGCAAGAGGAAGAGCACGAGGCAGCAAACUUUCGAAGCGAUGAUGGAUUGUAUGGACAAGCACCGGUCGCUAAUGGCGUCGACGAUGGAGAGCAACAGCAAGCAUCAGUGCUCCAUCGCCAUACGGCAGUGCGAGGCGUUUGAAGCAGAGGUAGAAUUGCAGAAACAGCACUACGCAGCGUCCGACGAAGUGAGCAGACUUAUAUGCAAUGCUCUGAUGGAGAUAGCGAAGGCCAUCCGCGAGCGGAAGCGGGCGAUCAAGCUCGAAGCAGGUGUGUCUUCCACCAUGUUGUCUCGCGGUUCUGGACGCGGCAAGUCCGCCGCCAACCUGGCAGUGGGAGCGGCGGUUCAGGAGAAGAAGGGCCGCCAUGUGUCGAAUAAGAAGAGGAAGAUCGUCGCAGAAAGCCCCUCACUGCGAAAUUGCGUCGUCGAUGAAGAGUGGGUGCCGGAGGAGGUUGCAACGCAGGACGAAACUGACUUCGAGGACUCGAACGACGAGCCGUUGAAGAGGAAGUCGACGAGGCGGGCAGCUGAAGGCGAGGAUGCCGAGAGACGAGGCGGGGGAUUGCCGGCAAUCGUGGAAGACGACGUGAUAGAUGUCAACGUCGCGACGGCAGGCAGAGGGGGGGGGGGGGUGAUGUCGCGCAACAACAUCGCGCGCCCGGCAGCAGUAGGGAGGGUGGCACACACGGGGGGAGGGGCGAGGGCAGGCGGGGCGGCAGCGGGCGGGGUAUUUUAUGUGGGGGAAGGGGCGAGGGCAGGCGGGGCCGCAGCGGGGGGGGCAGCACAUGCGGGGGAGGGGGCGAAGGCAGGCGAUGUCGCCGGAGCGGGGGAGGACGACGGUGCCUUGGUGAUCCCGACGCGUCAGCAGAAUACGCGGGAGGGAAUAGAGGUGGCAUCGAAGCUUUGGGUGGACGGCCUCCGGUUCUGGAACGAAACGAAAGGAAUCGCCAUCGUCAGGUUGAUCAUGGAGGCGUGCGGGUAUCUCGUGGUGGUGGCAAGGGGAGUGCCGCCUCCGGUCAUUCGUCGCAGCAUCGUGUUGCCUCACACCAGCAUCCCGCAGCAGAAACUCGCAGACGAAUCAGAGUUGAACGCUGUGAAGGAGAGGGCGAUGAAGGUGCAGGGGAUCGCUUUGCGGGUGAUCCACGACUGGGUUUUCAAGUCGGCGAGCAGGCCGCGGGGGUACCACACUGCGUACCAGUACGCGUUGAACCACGUGGCCACUGACAUCGCUCACGCCAUGUGGAUGGGGGAGGACUGGCAAAUAUGUGUCAGCCCCAUGGUGGUCCACUUUACGUUGGAGAUGGACAUGAAAUUGCCAUUGUGGUUCAUCGGCGCCGACGUCGAAGACAAGCACGAGGACGCCGACUUGGUGGCGUAUCAAGAGGCGAGCAUCCAGCGACUGGUGGGGGCUUUCACGAGCGCCGUCAGCCUGGUGGAGGCGAUGGACGGCGGGCGGGUGUCGUACGAAAGGUUAAAGACAAUCGCCGACGCGAUGAGGAUCAUGCUCGCGGCGACCAUGUGGCUCAUGCGGAUGGUCGGUGACGAUCAUCGCGCGCAUUACGAUGCAUGGGUUUUCGUCCAACUGACGACAAAGCCAACGCUCGUCGCAUCCAUGCAUCGCGCAUUCGACGCUCGUCGCCAUAUCGUGCAAGCUGCGACCAUCAUCACGGAUAAGUGUGGCGAGACCCCCCAUGACAUUGGUAGAGCCUCCACUUUACAUCCCCGACUGGGCGUCCAUCGGCGUGAAGUUCUCACACGACGCCACGUUGCCUUCCCCGAUGGAGGCAAAAAAGCUGGAUUGGCUGGGCACAGGCCCCCCGGAGGAGAAAGACGACGACAAACCCGACGACAACCGCAGCGGCGGGCGGUGAUGAUGCCUUUAUGGCGGCCGUCUUGGUCGUCAUCGUACAAUGGGGUAGCUUAUUACAGCUUUUGCCGCGGAUAGACGGUGACAUUGGAUGGGGGACAGGGAUGGUGGUUGUGCGCGCGCGUGUUCGUCGUGCUUCUACUUUGACAGUGGCGGUGACGGGAAAGGAGGUUCUCGCCAACAUGUUAUUGGGCUUCGUCAUCAGUCAUGGGAGUUGACGUUCCCGUGAUGGCAGUCAUCACUGUGGCGGAUCGGUUGUCGUGGGGGCGGUGUAAUGAAUAUUUUGUGUUCUU